UCUGCCUGUCCAGUGAUAAUACUCCUCCACGCUGAGACUGGAUCGUUAGCGCUGAAGACACAAUCUUAACUGCAAUCUUGAACACGAUGUAAUACACUGUAGUGAGAUCUCCAGCUGUCGCCUAACAUUAUUUCUUUGCACUUCUGUGUCUGGGGAGGAGAGGAGGAAAAGAGAAGUCUGAUGCACGCACCAGAGAGAGAGGGGGGGGGAUCAGGGUCAAAACAAAAAUAAUCUAAGAAAUCUAAAAAGGAUGUGAAAUAUUCGAUUUAUUUUUGGUUUCCAAGGUGAAACAUGAAGCGACAAAAUACUCACUGAAUGGAUGACUGUGCGUCAUCGCAGCAGCGCCAAUAGCGAGCACGCCUCCUGUCAAAUACUAAAGCUGCUCUCCUCCGAGUUCCAGAGGUGGAACCCGUUCUCUACUUGAUGACCAAGUGGAAAUCAACAAAUGUCUGCUCAGUUUGAACAGUCAUAUUUUCUGUUUUUAUGCUUUCUCACAUAAAGGCGCAAUGGAUUUAAACUUCACCCUCUCGGGGCACGAUUUGUCCGACUGGAGCGCGCUGGCGCAGAGACUCUUUGGGAAUAACUCACUGUCUCCAUUCGAUAACAGCACUGCCGCUCCCAAAACGGACGAGGAAGACUUGGAAGUCAACACGGACGUUUACUCCAAGGUGAUAGUUACUGUUAUAUACGCGGCUCUUUUCGCCGUGGGCUCUCUGGGGAACUCCAUCACCCUGUACACGUUGCUGACCAAAAAGACUCUGCAGAACCUCCAGAGCACCGUGCACUACCACCUGGCCAGCCUCGCCGUGUCCGACCUACUGAUCCUCGUCCUCUCCAUGCCCAUCGAGCUUUACAACUUCAUCUGGUUCCACCACCCGUGGGUAUUCGGGGAUGCAGUGUGCAGGGGUUACUACUUUCUCCGGGACAGCUGCUCCUACGCCACCGCGCUAAACAUCGCCAGCCUGAGCGUUGAACGUUACAUGGCCAUCUGCCACCCGUUUAAAGCCAAGAGCAUCAUGUCCCGCAGCCGCACCAAGAAGCUUAUCAGCGCCAUGUGGCUCGCGUCCUUUGCGCUCGCCAUGCCGAUGCUCUUCACCAUGGGCCAGGUGAUGCGUAAAGGCGAGAAGAUAUGUACCACCAUCGUCUCCCCUGUCACCAUGAAGACUGUUCUUCAGGUAAAUGCAUUUCUGUCCUUUGUGGUUCCAAUGGUGGCCAUAUCUGCGCUGAAUGGGAUCAUAGCCAAUCAGUUGCUGCGGAUGUUCCGUGAGGCAGAGCAAGACAACCGUGUUUGCAUCAUUGGGGGAAAUCCCACCAUGCUGAAUGUCACAGUGGAGCCAAACCGUGCUCAGUCGCUCCGCCAUGGAGUUCUUGUUCUCCGAGCUGUGGUCAUAGCCUUUGUGGUCUGCUGGCUGCCCUAUCACGCUCGCCGCCUCAUGUUUUGCUAUGUCCCUUACUGGUCCCCUGACUUGUAUGACUUCUACCACUAUUUCUACAUGCUGACCAAUGUCCUGUUCUACGUAAGCUCAGCCAUCAAUCCGAUCCUCUACAACCUGGUGUCAGCCAACUACCGUCAGAUCUUCUUUUCCACACUGCGCUACUUCUGCAUGCCCUGUCGACACACACCCAGGAGGCACCCCCGCCCCCUGACCCGCCACUCCAUCAGCAUCUCAAGCAACCACACCCUCUCUACCAACAUUAUCAAAGAGACGGCAUACUGAUAGGGCAGCAAUGGAAUACACUUUCUCAUGCUGAAAAUCCAUCUACUGCCGUUUUGUGAUUACUGGCCCAACUUCGUCAAGGAAAUUCUGGGACUGGUUUGCAGACUGUCCAAUACUGGGGUCACCCUCAUUUUCAUGGGGUCAAGUGCUCACUCUGAGACCCCUGUGAUUCCAUUUCAGAUGCACAUUUAAUCAUGGGUUAUUGUGUAUUGUGUGUAUUUAUUCAUAAAACAAGUUUAUGACAUAAAAAACAACAAAAAUAAAAUAUUACAAUGAAAGAAUGAAAAAGGGAAGGAAAGGUGGACAUAAACAGAAUCAAUCCUAUAAAUGGAAAUUGAUGUUUUAUACAAUAUGUUUCUAAGUACACAUUUUUAUUGGACCAAUCAUUCACACUUGCUUGGUGCCAUACAGUAUAGAUGACUGCUGUUUCUGUUUUUAAGCAUCAACUUAUAAAACUCUACUUACUCCUUAAAAACAAAGAACUCUUUUGUGCUAUUUUGGGUGAGCAUCUGUGGAUAAACCUGGCUUUGAUGUUAGAAAAAAGAGAAAAGGUAUUUCUCUUUCUUGAGUCUUGUCAGUUGCACUGACAGCUGUGUAGGAAACAUCUCUUGCAUCAUUGCCAUUUGCUUUUGUCACAGGUAGCUUUUGAUCUAAUCUUUAGUAGUUCAGAAGGUGUGUCCAGAUAAUGCUAGUAUUAAGACUUGCAAAGUGGAGGGGGUCCUUGUCACACCACUUUGACUCUGGAAUAUGAAUGCUAUGGGAUUUGCAAAUACUGCAGGCAGACAACUAUUGCCUGUAGCAAUAUGGUAAUGAUUUUCUGCAUUCAUUUAAACCUUGAUAUGAUUUAGGUGGGUAGACAGAGAGAGAAGUCUUAGAUAUAACAUUAGUGACAGGACAGUGUGGAGCAAAUAAUACAGGGUGGAAAUACAUUGAUGUGUAGACACAAGCAUGACAGCUGGGAACGUACUACUGGGCCUGUGGAGCAGAGAAAAGCACUCUUCAACAGACACAGAGCUCCUGCUUUAAUGCUUUCCCACCAGCAACUGCUUGAGAAAUCAGAGGCAAGCAGAGAUCUGGGAAUUCCAAAUUUUCCAUUAGGGCCAACACAAGGAUGUGAAACAAUCUGGACUCUUCUUUACCUACGGCACACAAGGACUGAUACAGAGGAUUAGAGAAAUGCAAUUGUCAUCCAUGCGCCAGCAACAGCAUUUUGAAAGGCCGUGUUGAAAUGGGUAGCACAAGAUGCUUUUACUGCAUCUUUAUAGUUGAUUGAUUCUGUAAUAAAAUCUUAACCUUUAGAGCAUUUCCCACCUAGUCGACUUCAUGAUUUAUGUCCACUUCCAGCGAUCAGUCUCACUAACCUUAACCAAGUGUUGUUAAAGUUGCCUAACUCUAACAAAAACUUAAACAUAAUGGGGAGGGGGCAUUCUAGACAUUUUUCAACAAUCACCUCAGCUGAAGCACACUGUCACCUUAACCAUUACCAUGCCUCAACUAGAGUUUAUUCAUAAUUACAAUCUUUCUAUCAACUUAACCAAACUGUACUUGCCUGAAAAUGUUUGCAAUGGAACAAAAAAAUGUUGUCAUUUAAUGUAAUCAGGGGUUUUGCAGAAAUACCUUGUUUGUACUGCAUCUUGUUUUGCAAUAGGUUCAGCCACACAUGUGCAUCUGCUUAGUGCUGCUGUGUAGUGUUAACAUUUCCAACUUGUUACUGACUGUACUGAUUACAAACUUGAGCCACUGCUAAAGUAAACUGUAAGAAGUACCUGGUGGAACACACAAAAUGCCACUGAGAACAGGUAAUAUACUUAUGAGCAGAAUCUAUUGUUAUGGCAAGAUAAACUGAUUUUUGUCAAGUAAUGUCCUACCCUGUUAAAAGAAAAAAUAAUUCAGGCCUGUGGGGGAGAAGCUGUUUUAAGUGGGUCAUCAUAAUCUUAUUAGUUGAAACUGGCCAAGCUUUCCUCUGUAGACAGUGAUGUGUUGUUUGUGUUGUCAGUAUUCUGAAGCAAAUGUGUGUACAGUAUGUAGACCAUGAGGGUAAUGCUUUCCCCAUUCAUGCACUUGUGUAAUUCCCACAGAGUAUGUCUACUUAUGUAUGUUAUUUGUGAGUGUAUUUCUGCACAAGCCACUCAUUUUAUAUAUCUUGCUUUAUAAACAAGAGGUAAUUUGGUCAGAGAACCCAGGUUGUCACUCCUUUUAGAAGAAAAGCUGUUGUACACUGAUCUCUGUUUGCUAGAAAUGGAAAUCAAUAGAUAUCAUUAUAAAAGGUUAUAGUAAUGAUGCAGUGAGUGAGUCAGAGCAGCUGAAUCAUUCACUGUUUGCACUGUGUAUGUUACUGAAAUUCAAUAUGUUUUUAUGUUCACCAUGUUACACACCAAAGGUUGUGUAAAUGUACCAUGAGUGUAUACAGAGUCUCAUGAAAGAGUAGAGUCAGUUUAGCAGUGUUGCUGAUGACAGUGAGAACUCAGAUAAAAACGGACAAUGCUAGAGAAAGAGCUGCUAGCAUGAAUGAUGAGAAAAUAAAACACAUAUGUCAAAAUAUUACAGUUGUGCAAAAAAAAAAAAAAGAUGUGCAACAAUUUCUGUGUAUUCAGCAUUUACCACCUUAAUGCAUUACAAAAACAUUUUCCUAGCCUAUAGCACUUUUGUUACACUAUAAUAAAUACUUGACACUCCUGCCAGCUUCUCAGUGUGAAUCACAGCAGUAAAUUCCCAAAACAAAGCUUAACCUCUGUGUACUAUUUUUAUACCAUGAUGGUAAUUUUUAAUAUCAUGUGCAUAGUUAUUAUUGGUUAUUUGUUGUGGUUUUGAAAUGGUUGAAAUGGCUCUGUGUUCCUGUACAGUAUCUGUGUUGUUGUUGCAUCUGUGAAGGCUUUAGCUAUUUUACUGCACAUAUACUCCAUUAAAACUUCAUUCAAGCCAGACAUCAGAUUCCCUUUCCACAGGUUCACUGGACAGCCAUACCGAAUGGAAUAUUUGAGAAAAAAAAAAAAAAAAAACACUGUCCCUUUAAAUUGACAAAGUACUGAAACUGCACAUGCAGUAGUAGUUUUCUGUACUCUGGACUUUGCAGUACAGACCUGCAUAUGGAUGUAUUAUAACCUGAACGUGUCUUCACCCAGUGUUCAUUGUAUUUAGAUGGAGGGAAGGUUUUGCUUAUGUUACCUGAUGAUUCAGAUCAGCCAUGUUUAACUGUAUACCACGUUUCUCAUACAGAGUGUUAUUUCAUUUCAAUAUAAAAAGAAAUAAUAAAAAAGUGAAGAUAUAUAGUACACUGA